CAGUGGCAUCAAAAACCGGAUGAUGAUAGCCUAGUCAACAGUUAGCUCUAUAACGUCCGUGUGCCACUCCUUAGUCGAUCUAGAGCAGAACGUCAAGUAAACAAUCUUUAGAUCUAGAAUCUAGGCCCUGGUUUAGGCUUCGUAUCCGUCUCGUUUUUUCAGGAAGCGAAAAAAAAAUGACUCCUUUUAUCAUAUGGAGUUUCUACUUUAUUUUUCAAUUUGUAACGAUUAUUGGAAUUCAAAUUCAAAUGAACCAAAACAACCUGCCCGUUUUGUCCUAUAACUAUGAUGCACCCAGGAAAGUUUAUUGGUAUUGUGAGUUUGGCACAAGGGAAAUAAUUUCUAAUGAGAAAAGUCAAAAGGAUUUUGAACCAGAAUGUGUAAAACUAUAUAAAGUCUAUCGUUACAUUUCACAAGAUGGCCAAGAGCAUUUUCCUUUUCUCAGAGAUCAUAGUACUUUGGGCAUUCGGCUCAAAUGUGCUGCUUUAAACAUUUUAAAUGGAAAACUGUUAGACUGUGAAAGUGAUGAAAAACAGGAUCUACACACAACUUGUAAAUAUACUUGUAAUGACGGCUUCACUGCAAGAAGCCCAAAUGUUACUUGUGAUUUGACAGGGCAGCCUCAUAAUGUUUCAGCUGCCUGGUCAAUUGAUCAUGAUUACUGUAUUGGUAAUUCUUCAUUUAAUGAUCCAGUAAGUACUGCUAACACAAUGCAGGAAAAUAUUACAACCUUAGUUUCACCAUUACAGCCUAAUAAUGAAGAUGUUCAGAAGAUAUUUUUGAUUUCGGUAAUUGUAGGUUCUCUUUUGAUUUUUGCUGUAGUAGUUGUGGUUCUGUUUGUUUUGAAACACAGAAAAAAAGGUUCACAUGAUGAUUCAAGAAAACCAGUAAAUGAAAAUGAAGAGGGUUUUCCAGAACUUAAUUCCCCACUUUAUUCUAUGUAUUUUUUGUCGAAAGAGAGUGAUAAAAAGCUUAAAAACAAAAAAAACUCUAAUAAAGAUCACAGCCAUAAAGAACCUUUGGAUGAUCAAGAUCUGGUGAAUCUUGUCACUGCCAGUACUGAUACCAGUAUAAGUACAUCAAUAGAAAUUGAAGAGGGUUUUGCAGAACUAAAUUUAUCUUCUAUGCCUUUGUUGAAAGAGAGUGAUAAAAAGCUCAGAAAUGAAAACUCUAAUAAAGAUCGCAGCCAUAAAGAACAAUUGGAUAAAACUUUGGAAAACCUUUUAGUUUUAGCUACCAGAGAUGAUGCAACUUCUCUGGCGAGUGAGUUUAAUAUAGAUGAUUGUUCAGUAAAUUCACAUGAGGAAGGUCCUACUGAGCUGUGUACGACGUCUGUGGCGCUGUUCAAUCAACAGACACUAACAUAUCGCAGAGAACUCAGAGGUGAGUUGGAGGUAAUUGAAGGCAGGCAUCGUUGUGAAGCUCUUGUGGGAUAUAUCACUGAGAACUUGAAAAGACUUGGCUAUUCUUCAGAGAAUGAAAUAAAAGUUGAAGAGAUUACCUACAAAGACAGGACAGAUGAAAAAGUGACAGACUUCUUUCUAUUACGCAUGGCUUCCUAUGGAGAUACUAUAGGCAUGAUGUUGGAAUAUUUUCACAGGAUGGAAGCACAAAAUGUUGUUGAUGUUGUGUUAAAGGUGCACAAUGACUGUACAUACUGCAAACAAUUCAAACCUGAUACUUAUAAAUGGUAGCUUUUAAAAAUUUUAGAAAUUGCAAUUUGGCCAUAACUAUUAAUUUCAAGCUUUGAUUUGUGAAGUCGACUUUGUAUCUUCUUCAGAUAUGUUGUAGUUAAUAUUUUAGCCAAAAUAAAAGUAACUAACUAUAUUUCAUCUGUAGAAAUACAUAGCAUAUCUGGGUUAUCCUAUAGAGGGUGGGGCCUGCUAAGAAGUUAACAUGGGGCUUUUUUACACUGUUUGUGUUCUCUGCUGACAUUACUCAUGUGGAUGCAACAGUUUCCACUUUAAGGUCCUCUACACUAUUGAUUUAGUGUUUCAUGUGAAAAUAAGUGUAAUAAAGUAAGUCAGUAGAUCAACUUACUGUUUUGGGUUGUAGAAUAAACAAACUUAUAAACAAAAACGGUUUCACUCUUACCUCACAAAAAUCUUAUAAAGAAAUCCAUUUUUCACUUUUUAUUUAAGCUUUUUUUAUACAUGGUGCUAAGGUUUUAAAUUUGCUUAACAUAUUAUGGUCUAUCCACAAUUAAAUCUUUUUAAACAAGAGUAUAUUUUAAUGUGUGAAAUUUUUUAUUGUCUAACUAAUGAUGGAUAUUUUAACAGCCAUUUCUUUAUUUUUUUAAUUAAUUAUUUUUUUAAAAACUGUUUAGUAAUCUAUCUUGAGUAUAAUAAUGUACCAUAAUUGUGUCGAAAUCCAUUUCAUUUUCCAAAAAGAAUAUGGUUAAGCUAAAAAUUUAUUUUAAAUUAUUGUGUGUGAUAUUGUUAUAUAAAGAAGUACUUAAUUAUCAUUAUUUGUUAUUAGCAUUUAAUACUUUAUACAUUUUGUAUUGGCAAGAAGGACAUUUUUUCUUAUUUUGUUUUUCUUAAAACAAUUUAAACAUUCCAUUUUAACCUUGUAAGUCUAUAUCUGCAGCUAAAUAUCAAUGCUUCAAAAUAACAGCUUUUUGAGUAUCCAUCUACUUGUUCUUUAUUAUUUACCUUUAAUCUUUAUCAAUAUAGGUUUUUCUUAACAUUUAUUGACUUACCAGUUGUAAAGCAGUUGUAAACUUGAAAUACUCAGGACAUACUGAUGAUUCAAAGUUCAUAAACCUCAAAACCCCUCUAAAAAUGUAACAAAAUGUAAACACUAAAUAAUGUUAAAGACAAGCACAAACAUUUGUACUAUUUUGAAAACUGCACUAAUUAUCUCAAUUAAAAACAAAGAUAAUAUGUCUUCAAAAAUAUGUCCACUGAAGUUGUUUUUUUAAAUACUUUUCUCACAAUCUUAGAUCUGUUGUCUCAUUAUCACUAUGAAAUAAACUUACCUUAUAAUUUAAGGCCAUAUAUAGUAUCCUCACAUCAUACCUUAAAUGAUCUAAUUUUACAUUUAAAGAUCUCAUCUCCCACCCCUGCUCCUCCCAUCACAACGUUAAAAAAUUUAAAUAAUCAUAACAAAUUUUUACAACUUAUCAAUCUCAAUGACUGUAUAAUAGAGGGAAAUGAUAUCUGUAUACUUGUAACAAAUGCUUAGCCAUUUGAUUGUUUUCUAGUGUUGAAGAGAAAAAAAUCAUUUAUAAAUGUAAUAUUUAAAUAUUCAUGCUGGUUCAUGAAUUUAUAAUAUACUAAACAUCAGCAAAGUUGUACAUAAUUGUUUCAUGUUUCAAAAACAUGCUGGUGUAUUGGUUUUUUUAAUGAUGUGUAUAACUAUUUAAUUAACAUGUAUUAAAAACUUUACUGCAAAGAAAUUGUUGCUUAUACUAUACUUGUAAAUCUUGAAAUUAAACAUCUGAUCUGUAGGCAAUUUCAAAAUCAGUUAAUUAGUAUUCAAAUUUUUUUUAAAUACAUUUUUUGUUAUGCUGUUUUUAAAAUUAAUUUGGGGUUUUACAAAAAAUACUGAGCAAGUUAUUUUAAAUGUCUGUCACUUUGUAUGCCUACCGUUUCACAUUAGCCAUUGAACAUUUAUUUUUUUAUUUUCAAAAAUCUCUAUUUUAGUAUUAACACCAAACAUUUUUUAAGUUUUAAGGCUUAUUAACUUGUUUAAUGUGCUAGCAGAAAUUUUCAUGUAAUUGAGCUUGUACAUGCUUUUUCUAGAACUUUUUUUUUUUUUCAAAUGUAUAUUCAUGAAUUGUCCUGCAUAAAAAUUUCUAAAUAUAGUAAAUAGUUGAGUUCUGUUGU